AUGAAUACGAUCAAUGCUGGCUGUGCAGUCCUGAACCUGCCUGACAUUAUCCAACGAUCGUUAGCAUGCAAUUGGCGUCCACAGAGGAAGGAAGACUUUGUCAUAACGCGUGCUUGUGCUCUCGAAAUGUUCGACCAGUUGCUCGACGACUCGAUCCAAAGCAAACGCCACGCCGCCGAUCGACUACCAUCUCACGUCCUCGUACGCAUAUUCGAAUAUGCCCUCGCCCGCUCAGGGCAUCGCGCUCGCGUAAACCUACGGGAGACGUGUCGCAAGUUUCGAUGCGUCAUCUUCCUGUCACAAUCCCUGUGGUCAGACGUUACGACGUUCCCCACCGGUUCCACGCCUUUCAUGGUCGCGCAAGCUCGAGCUCUUUGGACGGACACGCCUUCGCGCCUUCACCUGGACAACUCGAAUGUCUCGAGCCGUGCAAGGCGUAGCAAACAUUUCCCCGACUCAUAUCUCCUCGCGACCUCUCUUGGGUUCAUUCGUUCGUUGAUAGUCGAACACAGCGUCGCCGAUCUAUGGUUCCUACGCACUCUCCAUCGCCAGGAGUUCUUCCCAGAACUUCAGAAACUCGUUCUAUCUACACCGGAUCCGGAACUGUGGGGUCCCAUGCCGCGGGCCUUCGACGACGAUUUCCCGGACGGCCUUCCUGUCAUACACGCUCCUCAGUUGCGCGAAGUCGACCUCCGGACCGUUUUAGUUCAUCUCCCUGCCAGCGAAAAUAUCUCCCUGCUACGCCUAAAUGGUCGCACUCGAGGUGGCCGCUAUCGAAACCCGCGUGUCUGGAAUCAAUGGCCGGCUCGGAUGGUAUACAGCUUGUUGGCGCGCAAUACGACCUUGACUGUUCUGCACCUGGUCGAAGUGGUGCGCCCCGAGCUGUCGGAGAUGAACCGGCGUGCCAUCUCCCUGCCGUCCCUAGAGAUAUUGGUGGUUUGUAGCCCUUCUGCCAAAGAACCCAUAUGGGUUCUUGAGAACAUCGACUUCCCGGAGACAACGUAUCUCGGCCUCCAUAUCGGUUUCAAGGCGAUGACGACGUUCGACCGAGAAGAGUUCUACUAUACUCUUAGUGACCAUCUUAGUCGGCGCGAGUUCUACUCGCUUACUGCAGUUUCGUCCAUGAAUCUCAGUGGGCUGCUCUUAAGCCCCAAUAGACGCGAGGCGUUACCUCUGCCACACUUUGACGAGACAACGACACCACUGCAAACUACAGAGAUAGCUCACGUAUUGUAUCCUGAGUUUCCUGGGGCAAUAGACAUCUACCUUGCAUACCAGUCGUCCUGGAUACCAGACACCCCAUGGCAUGCAAUUUACUCCGAGAUCGCGCCUUACAUCGACAGCACCGAUAUCUUAUACGUUGAGGUCAAUUCGGAGUUUGGGCCGCAAUUAGACAAUUCGCUUGUUAUAGCCGCAGACUUCGAAUUCUCUACGACAGAACUGCGUCUAUGGCCCUUCAACGGCUGUAUCUGGGUGGCCUUAGUAAAGGCACUGACCGGGUUCGGUCCGAGAGAUGAUCUGGUCUACCGCGACAUCAGCGAACUGAUGCUGAACCUCUAUCCGGAGAGGCAGUCUAUAAUGCGCGCCGUAGGCCCUAAUAAUGAAUGCAAUUAUGCUGAGAGGGCGAUAGCAAAUCGGAGAUUCGGCCGCAUGCGCCAUCAGUUCGGAGCAACAAUGCCGGAUCGCGUGGAAGUUGUGGCACGCGCGCGCGGCGCGCAAGUAGGCGCGUCUGGUCAACCACAACACUUACCACCGUCGACUAAGCUUGAGCAGUAUCCACCACCAUUUCCUCUAUCACUUCCCCAAACGAUGCCCGGCGAACGUACUGUCAGUACUAGCAGCAAGAAAGAAGAUAAGAAACCCUAUCAACGUCCUAAACGCGAUGCGCCGAAGCAUUCGGCGAACGAGAUCAUCGACCUCUCAAACGAGCCUGACGAGCCUUGGUCGCCAGACAAGAUGCCGCGCGUCAAGGAUGCGCAAGGUGGGCCAUCCAGACUCCGAAGAGCAACCCCUGCGGAUUACGCCGACCCGGAGACCAUCGUGGUCCAGGACUGGCAAAUCGACGUGGUAUACGAUCUGGUUAUAGCGGAGAAGAAGAAAACGGCCGAAGCUGCGCAACAACUCUGGAGCGCACGCGAGAACUGGAAGAUCCAGAAGGAGCAACGGAUAGAAGCGGAGAAGAAGUACACCGAUCUUAAGAAAACGAUAGACACGCAAAAUGUCAUGGACGCCGACCACGUAUCCGAUAUCUUGGAGUGUCCGUUCUGUCUGGGUCUGCUCGACGCUCCUUGGUCUCUCACCUGUGGAUGCGUCCUCUGCUACGAGUGUAUUCGAACCAGCCUCGAAGCCCAACAGAAGAAAUUCCGUGAUGUUGACCCAACGCGCGCAUGCAAACAUGUUGUGGGGACCAACUCCCGAGACGGGAUCCAGUUUGAAUGCCCUCUACGGUACGAUCACCCAAAGAAACGCCUCACCGACUGCCCAGCUCCUGCGUACACGAUCAACAAGCUGUGCAACGCGGUUAAUACCGCGAAGGGGGCCGAGGUCCGCGAAGAUAAGCUUGUAUAUUCCGAUCCAGUUGCUGCAUGGAACUCCUUUUUUGUGCACGUAGGAUAG